AUGGAAUAUAAUUUUAACAAAAGCGUCGAUUUUGUUUAUAACAAUAAGAAUGUUAAACAGGAAAUUUUAAGUAGUGGUGAGAAAAAGAAGAAGAAGAAGAAAGAAGAACUCGAUUUUGGUUUUGUAGAUGACACUAUUUCAUCUAAAAAAUUCAAGAAGAAAAACCAUACUUUUCAUCAACACGAGAAAAGUAGUGACAAAUCAGAACUCUCAACCGACUUAUUUGAAAAUAAGAAGAAGGAAAAGAAGAAAAAUGAACAUAAUACAUCAAUUGUAACCUCUUCUGAAAAACAUUCAGCUGAUGAAAAACUUACAGGUAAGAAGAAAAAGGAAAAAGUGUAUGAUGAGCCUUUAGAGAUUAAACAGGAAAUUCUAAGUAGUGAUGAGAAAAAGAAAGAACUCGAUUUUGGUUUGGAAGGUGAGGAGAUUACUCCAUCUAAAAAAUUCAAGAAAAAAAACUAUGACUUUGAUAAACACAAGAAAAGAAGUGACAAAUCAGAACUCUCAACCGUCUUAUUUGAAAAUAAGAAGGAAAAGAAGAAAAAAGAACAUAAUACAUCAUUUAAGGAAAAGAAGAAAAAAGAACAUAAUACAUCAUUUGUAACCUCUUCUGAAGAACAUUCAGCUGAUGAAAAACUUAAAGAUAAGAAAGAAAAGGAAAAGCAUUUAGAGCCUUUAGAAAUUAAACAGGAAAUUCUAAGUAGUGGUGAGAAAAAGAAGAAGAAGAAGAAGAAGAAGAAAGAACUCAAUUUUGAUUCGGAAGAUAAGGAGAUUAUUCCUUCUAAAAAAUUCAAGAAAAAAAAACAUGAUUUUGAUAUACACAAGAAAAGUAGUGACAAUUUAGAACUCUCAACCGACUUAUUUGAAAAUAAGAAGGAAAAGAAGAAAAAAGAACAUAAUACAUCAUUUGUAACCUCUUCUGAACAACAUUCAACUGAUGAAAAACGUAAAGAUAAGAAGAAAAAGGAAAAACGGUAUGAUGAGCCUUUAGAGAUUAAACAGGAAAUUCUAAGUAGUGGUGAGAAAAAGAAAGAACUCGAAUUUGGUUUGGAAGGUGAGGAGAUUACUCCAUCUAAAAAAUUCAAGAAAAAAAAACAUGACUUUGAUAAACACAAGAAAAGUAGUGACAAAUCAGAACUCUCAACCGACUUAUUUGAAAAUAAGAAGGAAAAGAAGAAAAAAGAACAUAAUACAUCAUUUGUAAUAUCUUCUGAAGAACAUUCAGCUGAUGAAAAACUUAAAGAUAAGAAGAAAAAGGAAAAACGAUAUGAUGAGCCUUUAGAAGAGGGUACAAAAGAUCACAAGAAAAAACUUAAGAAGAAAAAAGAAGUUUAUGAUGUAGAGAUGGAGGAAACGGAUAAAGUCCCUACUGAUAAAAUUACCAAAGAGUGUUUUACUGAAGGUUAUGAAGAAGAAGAGCCUAAAAAGAAAAAGAAGAAAAAACGACAUCGCGUUGAUAGUGAAAUGUUAACUGAUUAUUCUAUAAUUAAUGAAAAUUUAAACGAUACGGAAAUUUUUACACCUGAAAAAGUUAAACAUAAAAAGAGAAAGCAUUCAAGUAAUGAAACUAGUGACAUUAAUACAGAAACUGAAGUUCACAAGAAGAAGAAGAAACACAAACAUGACAAAAAACAUAAAUAUCACGAACUACCAAUUGAAAUUUGUCAAACUAAAAGUGAUUCUUUGGAAGAUGCAAAGAAAUUUGAUCAGAAAUCAGAGACGCUUUCGGAGGAAAUUUCUGAAACAACUGCGCUCUUUCAAAAAUCGCAUAAAAAAUUUAAAAAUUCCGAAUUUGAUGUUUCUGAUAGCGCUGUUAAAAAUUCAGAAGAUGAAGAUCCCAAACCCAAAAAAGCGAAACCUCAAUUACCUGCUGAAGAUGUGAACACUGAAAACACAUCUUUAGAUAAUUUACUGCUGAAUGAUUCUAAAGAUUUGGAAAAAUUGGUUAAGCUCUCUGAAAAGAAAAAAGUUACGUCUGAGUCGAGAAAUUUUGAAGAAAUUUGUAAUGGAUUAGAAAAUUUUCGGGAAUCGCAUGAAAGUCUUAAAAAUAAUUCAUCUGAUUCCGCAUUUGAAGUUUCUGAUAGUGUAUUUGAAAAUAAAAAAUCUAAACACCAAAGGGAGAAAUCCAACCUUGACGCUAAAAUACAAACACUUAUUUCAGAAAACAAUUUUAAAACUGAUGACUCUGAAGAAAAAUCUGUAACAAGUGGGUUGUCUUUACAAAGCCGUGAAUCUGUUUUCUGCACUCCAGAUUUCUAUUUUGAGGAUAUUUUGGAAAAGGAUAAAAAUGAAUUGAGCUACGAAGAACGUCAGAGACUGAAAAAUUUCAAUGUGCUUUUGCCAUGGCCAGCUCAUCCGCUACACUGUAUAGAAACUCGGGUAGCUAAAGGCCCAUCCGACAAGCAGUGGAAGGAAAUUAACGCCUUGAAAAUCAAAAUAAAACGCGGAAUUUUUAAUAAAUCAGAAGACGAGAUUAUUAGGAGAAAUUGGGAAGAGUUUUGUAAACUCCACGACAUGCCCUUAAACCCAAAAUACUUUUUACGUUGUAAAACUUCAGAAGGGAAAGUUCUUAUGCCAAUAAAAGAAAAAGUAAGAUUUGUUCAAUUUUUAGCACACGAUCUACCGAAUCGUUUAUUACACACUGUCUACAUGAGGUUUCAGAGAAUAUUUUUCCCAAAAGAGCUCAAAACUGGAAGGUUUACGCCAGAAGAAGAUAAUAUUAUUUUGCAAUAUUUAAAGACAUCCAGAUCGCAAACACCAUACGCGGAUUUAGCGAAAAUUUUAAAUCGGGACAACUUCUCGAUUGAGAAAAGACACAGAAAAUUAAAAUAUACCCUUGAAGGCAAUUUUAGGGUCAAAUGGAAUUCCGAACAGAUAGCAAAUUUUAUGCAACAUUUGCUUGAUGUUACAAAAGUCGAGAGUGUCGAACAAUUGGAACAUAGGAAUAUCACUUCUGAGGAGUGGAAGGAAAUGUCUACAAGGUUAAACAUACCAACUAUAAGGUUGCGACCUGCAUGGCUUAUUAAAAUACACCCUCGCAUUUUUAUCAAUCACACUGUUAGUUCGAACGAUAUUAAGCAGCUUUUAGUUGACGUAUUGAUUGAAAAGGGGAAAAGUGAUUGGAGAGACGUUAAUUGGCAAGAAAUUGCUGAAGAAUUUGACGGUUUCACUGGCCUAGCGUUGAAUAAAAUGAUGAGGGAUAUUGUUCAAACUCAUAUUCCUGUAAAUAAACGAAGUGAUUUAGGAGAAUGUUUAAAGUGCUUGGCGAACCAAAGAUAUGCAAUGGGGCGCAAAAUACGAAAAAUAGAUAUUAUAGAAAUAGACGUUAGAAAUUAAAUAAAGUUUAACAUUUC